AUGGUAAAGGCAGUUGAAUGGAUUAAUCAAAAUUAUCCCGCAGAAAGCGUAUGUCAAAGGGUGGAAGACAAGGAAAAUUAUGGUAAAAGGAGAGAGGAAAUCACUAAUUUAGAUAUUAGUAAUCAAAAUUUAGAAGGUUCCUUUGAUGCUCCGGGAUUUAGGGAAACAUUCACUAAUCUGCGAAAUUGGAAUCUCUCAUUUAAUAAAAUCACUGGUGGUUUAAACAUUUCUCAUAACCUACGGGGAUUGAGCGGAAGUCUAGAAGUAUUAAAAUGUUCGGACAAUCCUCUUACUAAUUUAUCAUCGACUUACUCCUCUAGUCUUAGUUAUAUCGAUUGUUUUGGUAUUAAUUAUGACAAAUAUAAUACUGUUGUUAAUACUGUCUCUCCAACUUCUCCCAUUUCAAUGGAAACGGUAUUUGUCAAUAAUCCCAAUGAUUCGCAUACAAUUUUGGGACUUGCUGUCUCCCUAGGAAUAAGUCUUUUCGCGUGGUUAGUGUUGGGUUCAUUUUUUUGUUUUAAGAGGAGACAACCUAUAUUGAAGAUACCGAGUAGUUAG